UGCAGCUCUAGUCUGCUCUCCUUGUUUUUCAACUUCGCCACACUUCCUGACUUCCUGUGUCACUGAAUCUCCGGGUCACUCAGCGGAAUGGCUGCGUUCCUGCGAGCCCGUAAAUAUGUCCGUUGUGUUGUUCGUUUCUCCGACCGUGAACUGUAAACGCUAGUGUUAACCGUUUGUGACGAUAAAAAGGAGACCUACUAGACAAGCUGCCAUGGCUGAAGAAAAUACAGAUGUGGCAGGUAUGAUUGAGGAUGAAGAUGAAGGUUUAGAUGACCCAAACCUUCAGCUGGAGCUCAAUGCGUUCAGAGCUCAGUGGAUGUCUGAGCUCAAGCCGAGCUCUGGAGCAAGUGGAUUAAGUGGCCGACUGCUGCGAGCUAAAGGUCUAAAGAGGACACAAGAUAUUGCCAGGGAGGAGAAAGCCACAGAGCUGUUCUUGAGAGCUGUUCAGGAAGAGCAGAAUGGAGCCGUUUAUGAGGCUAUCAAGUUUUAUCGCAUGGCUGUGCAGCUUGUACCUGACAUUGAGUUUAAAAUCAACUACAGCCGUCCUGCUGAUGCAGACCGAGUUGGAGGAAACUACGUGGAGGACAAUAAUGUUGAUGAGAUAGAGGAUCUACUUGCCUACUUUGAGCAGCAGCUCAAUGUGGAAAGCUCAUUUCCAAAGAUCUGCACUCCUGAGUUGGAUUUGACUCAGAUGCACAUUUCAGCCUUGCCACGGGAAAUCAUGAUGUACAUAUUCCGUUGGGUCGUGUCGAGUGAUCUUGACAUGCGAGCCCUGGAGCAGCUCUCUCUGGUUUGCCGGGGGUUUUACAUCUGUGCAAGGGACCCUGAGAUUUGGCAUUUAGCCUGUUUAAGAGUGUGGGGACGGAACUGCACCAAACUUGUACCCUUCAAAUCCUGGAGGGAGAUGUUCCUGCGAAGGCCUCGUGUGCGUUAUGAUGGUGUUUAUAUCAGCAAGACCUCAUACAUUCGUCAAGGAGAGGAAUCUUUGGAUGGAUUUUACAGGGCUUGGCAUCACGUUGAGUACUACAGGUACCUCCGGUUCUUCCCUAGUGGCCAAGUCGUCAUGCUGACCACCCCUGAGGAGCCUCUGGCCGUUGUUCCUCGCUUGCGUACAAAGAACAUCAGAAUGGAUUCUGUUAUGCUCGGCCAUUUCCGUCUGUCGCAGGAGACGGACAAUCAAACCAAAGUUUUUGCUGUGGUCUGCAAGAAAAAGGAGGAGAAAGCGACCGAGUUUCAAAGGAAUCGGUUCUGCAGGCGGAACCCAGCUCCGGAGGCUGAGCACAGCUUCCAUGUGGGACUGCAUCUGUCCUCUGGGGGGCGUCAGAUGUUCAGUAAGCUCGAGUGGAUUCACCACUCCUGCCACAUCAAUUACAAGCUGACUGGGGAAACGGUUAUCACAGCGUUUGACGUGGACAGCAAGUACACACCCUUCUUCUUUGCCCGUGUGAAGAGUUACACUGCUUUCUCAGAGCAGCCUCUUUAAGCUUGGAGACAGCAAAAGUUCAU